AUGCCUUUCAUUGCUAUCAGGAAUGCCUACCGCAGUCUCCGCGCUCGUCGCAUGUCCCUCGACACCUUUUUCUGCUUCGUCGUCAACAUCUUCAAGCACCAGAUGUUCCACCUCACUAUCUUCUUCCUCCACAUGUGGAGAUUCUACGUUGUCAUCGGGCAGCAAACUCAUCCAACCACUGCCAUGGUAUGCACCAAUACCACUUCGGUCGUCGUCAACCUCCCGAAGUACCAGGAAGUCUACUACCCUGUUGGGAACAAUCAGCAGGCUUACAGAAUCCUGCGUUGGAGAGAGGACGUAGAUUACGUCAAUGGACACCCCGAAACCCGCAUGGUCGAAGUCAAGGGAUCGGUCUACGAGUACAGCUUUGAGCCGAUCGUGAGAGGGGCUAGUGGUAUCCAUGGGGUGGACAGAGCGCCGAACGGGGAUGUGGCUGCGUGGGUGGCUGCGGUCCCUCGUCUGCAUGGUGGAUGGGUUAUCUGA